CCUUCUCCCGGUGCCGGCGGGAGGGCGCGGGCAGCGCGCGGGGCUGCGGCACACACCGGGCGGCCCUUGGCGGGACCGCGCCGGGCUCCGCACCCCGCACCGGCACCGGCACCGCCGACCCGCUCCGCACCCGCGCCGCGGCCCGCACACACCGCUCGGCCACGGGACCCCGCCACGGGACCGCGCUCCGCACCGGGCCACGGCCCCGGCAGCGCCGCCCGCCCGCCCGCUGGCCCGUGGGGUCCCCGCCGUUCCCGGGACGGAGAGGAGGCGGGUGUAGGAGGGAGGAGAGGGGUCCCCGUGUCCCCACCGCCCUGCCGGAGGAGGGGAAGCCGAGGGAAAGCUCCGAUUGAUCCUUCCCAGCAGCGCGGUGAAGCGUGGGACACAGCUGCAAGUGGCCAAACUGUGACGGGACAAUGACAUCCUGCUGCCCGCCCAGCGCGAGCCCUGUCCCAUCGCCAGCACUGCCGCCAUCCCCUCUGUCCCCUGCCAAUGCUGGCGGGUAGAGGCUGCUCACUUGAUCACUGCGCUGGCAUCCCAAGUGUGGGGCCAAGCUGCGUGUCCCGCUUUUUCCCGUGGGACAGUGGCGAUGGGGGCUGCUCUCUCCACCGGAGCGGUUGUGGCAAUUUCUUUUAACUGUGUCAUCGCAUUGCUCAUCCUCAUCCUCUUCCUUAUCCUCUGCAAGGCCUGCAGGACCCCCUCAUGCCCCAAGAAGAGCCCAGCUUCUGAUGUGGACGAGGCAAGGAAUGAAGAGAAGUACCUGCUGCAGCCCUGAGCUGCCUGGGGAUGUGGGUACCUGGCUGUGCUGAAGGAGUCGUGCCAGCCUGGACGCCUGCGCUGGGACUGGGGUGCUGGACUGGGCAGGAUGAGAGCAGGAGGGAUGCUGAGCUGCUCGCCAGGGCUGUGAUGCGGGGCACGGCCCUUCGCCUGCCUGGUUUUGGUGUGUGAAGUCCCUGCGGAUGCCCACAGUGACCAUGGUGAUGGAGAGACAGCGUCUGGGGACAUGCCAUGCGGACAAUCCUGCCUGUCCCAGUGGCCAGCGAGUGCAGCAGGAGCCCUGCCCUCGAGCGUAUCCCGUGUUCGGGGACAGCCCCGGGCUCCUCCCUGGUGCCUGUGGCCCCGGCCGGUGGCCACUGUGUCGCAGACCUGAGCAGGGCUAGCCUGGAGCUCGGAGAGGGGAGGCAGCAGGGCUGGCACAGGCGCCUGUCCCCGAGCGGACUGGCUGCCCCAUGGUGGGAUGUGCCUGUGGGGGGACCUUAGCAGCCCUGGCCUCACCGGCAGAGUGGGUGUCUUGGGGAUGGCGCUGGGGUGCCAUGUGCCCCCAGCCUCAGGUUAUUUGGCACCCGUCUGCCCCAGCAGCCAAUUUAAUGAGCCAUGAGAGGGUCUGCAUGGUCUGUCUGUCUGUCUGCAGUCUGUCUGUCAAUCCCCUCCAGCAUUAGCACCAACACUGCCAGGCAAACAGCCCUCCUCCUUGCUGGGCGCGUGUCCCUGCCUGCUCUCCUGCCUGCUCCUAGCCGAGGCCAGCUGGUGGGGUUUGACCUGCUCGCGGGCCACAGACAUGCCCUCGCUGGUGUCCCCAUCCCCGUUGAGAGCAGCCUGGGAUGGCUUUUUUCUGGGGAGGUGGGAGACAUGGGGAGCGAUGAGAGUGCCUGGCCAAACAGCACUGAAGGGUCUUCUGGCCCCAUCGCUCCCCGGGGACCAGAGUGGCUCCGCAGGGAGGGAUGCUUGUGGUCUGGCUUGUCCCCAAGCCUGGCAGCUGCCUUCCCCCGCCCUGCCUGCAGGUGCUGUGGGUUUCAGAGGGCUCUGCCCUGCCCAUCCUAGAGCCGAGCAAUAGCCAAGGUCGCCGCUGGCACAGCCACUGCAAUAAGGGGACGGAGGGGUGGGCUGUGCUGGGAGGGAUGCUGGUCAGUGUCCCUGUGCGAUUCCUCCCCAUGUCAGGUGUAGCUAACGCAUCCCUUUGCAGAGGUGUUUUUACUAGACUAAUAAACUGAUCGUAGGACCAAG